UUCAUGCUUCAGAAGAAGGUUGUCCCAGCUCACAGCUGGGUGUGUUUUCGAUGGGUUGUUAAUCCCUAACCUAUCGAUAGUUGGCUGAUCGAUCAAAAGGUGCCAUAUACGCGCACACGUCCUGGUGCCGUCAUCGCUGUCGAUUUACAAACAAGUGUCAAACCCAGAAAGCUGUCAAAAUGUUUGGCUGUUGUUGGUGUUUCGCUGCGUUACGACCGAGAUACAAGAGGCUCGUUGACAAUAUCUUUCCGGUCAAUCCACAGGAUGGAUUAAUCAAGAAUAAUAUGGAGAAACUGACAUUCUAUUCAUUGAGCAGUCCUGAGAAAUUGGAUAGAAUUGGUGAAUACUUGUUUCAGCGAGCUUCCAGGGAUAUUUAUAGGCGACGAAAUGGCUUUGUCGUGAUUGCCAUGGAAGCAAUGGAUCAGCUCCUCGUGGCUUGUCACGCACAAACUCUGAAUCUAUUUGUCGAAAGCUUCUUGAAAAUGGUACAAAAGCUAUUGGAAUCCACAGAUCCUCAGUUACAAAUUCUCGCGACGCAGUCUUUUGUCAGAUUUGCCAAUAUCGAGGAAGACACACCCUCUUAUCAUACCCGUUACGAUUUCUUCGUGUCGAAAUAUUCGGCAAUGUGCCAUUCCAAUAAUGACGAUCCCACUACACGCAAGCAAAUUAGGCUUGCUGGAAUUCAAGGGUUGCAGGGCGUUGUGAGAAAAACUCUUUCUGACGAUUUGGUCGAGAACAUCUGGGAACCUGUACAUAUGGACAAGAUAGUGCCAUCAUUGCUGUACAAUAUGCAAAAUUCAAGAUACGCUGAUAAGGAAGAUACGACACCAGACAGCCCAACCGAAGAACGAUCGGAUCCGCCACAAUUUGCGGAAACUUGUAUGCGAGAAUUGAUUGGGCGCGCAUCAUUUGGCCAUAUUAAAUGCGUUAUAAGACCUGUAUUGAGGCAUCUGGAUAAUCAUCAGUUAUGGGUCCCUAACUACUUCGCAAUUCAUACUUUUAGGAUAAUUAUGUUUUCUAUCCAGUCACAGUAUUCCUACACUGUAGUGGAAGCUUUAAUGACGCAUCUUGAUGAUCAUUCAAAGUCAUCCCCUAAGAUUCGCACUAGCAUUGCAGAUACUUUAUCUAAGAUUAUAUCAAUUGCUGCAGGUGAAAGUGUUGGACCCUCUGUAUUAGAGAUUAUAAAUUCCUUAUUGACUCAUCUACGGGUUAGUGUAACGAGAAACCAAUCGUCAAGUAGUGAUGAGCAAUUAUAUCAAGAAGCUCUUAUUAAUGCUCUUGGAGAAUUCGCAAAUCAUCUUCCCGAUUAUCAAAAAAUUGAGAUUAUGAUGUUCAUUAUGAGUAAAGUUCCAUACAGUCAGCCAAAUCGUAUUGUAUCGGUCGGUAAAGGAGACGUGUUACUUCAAAGCAUACUUUUAAAAUCGUUGUUAAAGGUUGGUACAAAGUAUCAAACAAUUCACCUGAACACGACGUUCCCACCCAGUUUUUUGGACCCAUUACUGAGAAUGUCACUGGCAGCAGAUGCUCAAAUGAGGCUUCUCGUUCAAAAAAUAUUCCAUACCUUAAUUGACAGACGUCGAAAUAUUACAAAGCUCGCUAAGCCAACCGUGAAUGUAGCAGAGCUCGAUCUUGUUAUUGAAAAAGCAUCCAGGCCUGAUGUAAUCUUCAUUCGGAAGCACGGCCCUGAAAUCUACUUAGCGUUGUAUGAAUCAUUAGAACUGUCUAGUAACACAGUAGAAAAUGUGGAAUCUAUUUAUACCACGUUGGCAUUACUUGCCAUUGAAUUGGCUUCUGAGGAAACAGUAUUAGAGUUAUUGAGAUUAGUGUUGAGCCUACAAGACUUGGCGUUGACGAGUAGUCAAAUUAGUCUUCCACUGAAGUUCAAUUUACACGCAAUAGUUAUCAGCCUACUAGUCUUAAUAUCAUAUGUCUGUAAUAUUACUGCUCUUAUGGAUUAUGCGGCAAAGGUGAUAGAAGCGCGUCAAAAUGAUAGCCCACAUUUGCUACCAGAUUUACAAUCUCAAUAUGAUACUGGUCUAACGUCCAGAUUAGCGCCAGCUCUUUUAGUCGAUCAAACUGUUGUCAGCGAAUGCCUGAAGGGAGCUGGACUUGACAGUGGCAAAUUACAACAAGGUUCAGGUUACAACGGCAAUUCUUUGCAGCACAGGCAUUCAUGGGUUGACGCUGGACGAAAUUCGCUAGCCGAUAUUAAUUCUGGAGGUCCAGAAUUGGACAGUGGAGGUUCAUCACCUGGUGUACAAAAAAAAUUACCUGGAGAAGAAUUAACCUUUGAAAGUAUGAAAAGAAUUUUGACAGAGAACAAUAAUAACCAAGUUGUAGAAGAAGAGAAGCGAAUGCAACUCUCUCAAUUCUUCAGAAAUGCACCAUUCCAGGAUUUAGUGUCAAAAACACAACCAAAGCACGAUGUUUUACAGAGCAAGUUGUCAGAGAUAUUUAAUACAUUAUCUGUUGAUCCGCGCAACGCGGUUCCUGCAACUGGACCACAAACGGAUAUUAAGCCAAGUCAAACUCCAGCUUAUGAAAUUCAUUUCCCAGAGCUGUUUGUAUAUUAAACAGCUAUUAUUCUUGUUGCAUUAAUAUUAAGUAGUGGAUUGUAUUAAAUCUGUGUACAUGUUACUAAGUAUGAACCACACAAUAGCUGUCCUUUAAGGAUUGACUUAUGUACAUAAUAGAGAAAAUAUUUUUGUUUCUUAUUGUUAGAUUUAUAUUUUUAAUUGAGGUUGAUAAGUUGUUCAUACUUGUUUAUUUUUAAUGAAUAGCUUUCAAAUAUUGUGUAAACUAUUAUGAAAAUGGUUAAUUAGUAUUUUUAUAAAAUCAAGGAUUUUAUAGAAUUAAAAAAUGUAUAAAGAGAGAUGUCAAUUCCUUAUAUGCACAUAAAAUGAUUAUUAGAAAAUAGAAUUAUUUGAGAUUUUAUAAUAUUACAGAAUUAACUAUUUUCAUAUAGUAUAGGUUGAUUCUGAUUAAUCUGUCGAUACUUCAGCGAAUGAGCACAAAACGAAAUUUUCACAUAAUCAUUGACAUAAUAAGAAGUCAUAUAUGUACAAAACAGAUUUUAACAAAAAUAAGACAAAUAAUAAUUUAUAUAUAUUUCGACAGUAGAGACUAAUUAAAUAUGCACUGUUAUUUAGUUAUACCUGUUGACGUAAAGUUAAAAAGUGUAUAUCUGCGUAUAUCUCUUUAUGUAUAAUCCGGAUCAAAGAAAUUUUCUCUCGCGUCAAAAGUUGAUUUAAAAAGGUUGCACAAUGUAUAUUUAUAAAUAUAGGUUCAAAAUAUUUUGUAAAUAUGCAUACAUUUAAAAAAAUACAAGUUGUCAACCUGGAAAAA